AUUUUUUUUUCCUGUGUGUUUUGUGAUUUUUUUUUUGUUUUGCUGUUUUUAAUGCAUUGUUUUUCUGGGUUUUCUGUUGUGUAUAACCGGCUCGCUGUGAGCCUUUAAGAGAGCCCUAAAAUCCUAUUUGUUUGCCCUGGCCUUCCAAGGCUUGUAAACUGCUGCUAUUGUUUUUUAAAGUAUUUUAAUUGGUUUUAAAUGGUUUAAAGUUUUGGAAUUGUUUUUAUAUUGUUUUUAGCACUGUGUUUUGAACUGUGUGUCUCUAUGUCUUUUUAAAAGUUGUUGUCCACCGCCCAGAGCCUCUGGAUGGGGCGGUUUAUAACUGUAAAAAAUAAAAAUAAUUAAUAUUCGACCGCCCUCCCCCUGAAAUGGAACAUUCCGGGAGAAGGUCCGCGACUAGUUUCAAUCGAGUGCAAGUUAACCCUAAACCCGAGCUCUGAUAGGACGAUUCGCUUCUAAACGUCACAAAACCCUUUAGGGGCCGUCGCAAAAUUCCCAUCCCUGGUCAAAAGCGCCUUUAGGUGGCCAACAUAUUCCCUUUCCGUUUGGGGGUCGACUGUCCGGACGUGCCGAGUCCCUGCUGAAAUCCAAGUGAUGCUACCAUCUCCUCUCCCGACAAGGGGUUUCCAGUGUUGGGUUUCAGAAGUUGGACUACAAUUCCCAUUAUCCUCCCUGGCCACAAGCGUUUGUAGUCUGACAAAUUACAGCUGGUUUGAACCAACACAGAGUCUCCUGUCACACAACCUGACACACAACUGAGGCGGAGGCGGGACUCCGAAAGCCACCAUCUAGUAAUCCCUUUAUUGACACAGUCGCGCGUGCGUAGCAAGCUUCCGCGUUCCACAGCAUUCUUCGUCAGCAGCUUUAAAAAGAACCCGGAAAGUGCUGCUGCGGUCCUGAUGCGAGCUUUGCAGACGCUGCUGCGCGUGAAUCCGGGCGCCCGUCUAGGAUCUGCUGCACGUGUGAACGGCACCUCUACUGCGGACAGCAUGGAGGAAGUAAAGGCCAUUUCCUAUGAAGACAUGAAGAAGUUAAUUGCAGGAGGGCAGGCCCGGAUUUUUGACGUGCGCUCACCCGGCGAGGUUGCGAACGGACGGAUUGCCAACUCGAUUAAUAUCCCAGUUGCGGAGGUGGAAGAGGUUUUCAAGAUGGAUCCGGAGACGUUUAAAAGGAAGUAUGGCGUGGAGAAGCCACCGCUGGAUGAAAGGAAUUUGGUUUUCUACUGCCAGAUAGGGAAGAGAGGAGCCCGGGCCACUGAAAUAGCAACCACACUCGGCUAUGCUGGGGCCCGUAACUAUGCCGGAGGCUACAGGGAGUGGUCCGAGAAAGAAGGGAAGUGAACUGUGGUGAGAUCCGGGCUCGGGAUCCUGGCUAGGACUGAGUUCAUCCUGCAAGGCUGCCGGGCUCCUCCUUUGCGUCUCUUUCUGUUUUUCACCUGGAGGGGUGAUGGUCUUGCUGCUCCCUGCAGCUGAACUGCCAAAGUUCCCUGGUGUUGCCGGUUAUUGGGACUGCUUUUCUUCUCGGCCUUCGGAAGCCUGAUCAAGGAAGUAGCUCUGAAGUUUUUCAAGGCAAGACAUUUUUCAGUGGCGGCUUUACUCAGAGGAGGUUGUGGUGCUUGCCACUGUUUGGGUGGCUGAUGUAUCUUUUGCUGUUUAUUCGGGUAUUUAAAAUAAAAAUGUAAGAAUCCC